AUGGCUGAUGACUCAGUAAUUUAUGACUCCACGCCUUGUCUCCUCCACCUGAUUCUAUUGGCUGAGCUGUUUACCCAUGCAUCAUCUCGUCCCGCCCACAGUCCUGAUCUCUGUGGCAUGUUUAGAUCAAUGAUCCAUCAGGUGGACAGGUUGACAAUCUUAUCCAAAGAACUCCAUAACUUGACAGACGAGGAGCUCGUAAACUUUGAGGGUGUGGAAAAUAGACUGGAUGGUCUUCCUCAUAUGCAACACACUGCGGCCCAUUUUAAUUCCUUGAAGGUGAACGAGUCACUCUCCAAACUGUUUGUGUACACUCAGUCCUUCAGGCUGCAUGUUGACUGGUUGAAAACAGCCAAAGAAAGCGUCAGUUUAUCCUCCCAGUCAGCAGAGCGCGUCAGCUCUCACCUCCUGCAGCUCUCCAACCUCCUUAAUGCAUCUCUUCUCCUGAUCAGUGAAGAGGUUCCUCAGUCACCGUCAGCCUCCCUCCCUGUCGUCUCCACAGCCUUCGAUGUGCUUCGGUUCUCCGUUGAGAUCUCUGAACAUUUAGAAGUCUUUUGUAACUGGUCAAAAAGAGUUUUGGUGCAUCUCCAGAGACUAUCCCGCUGCCCUCGACAUUAA